CUCCAGUUCACAAGACAGAACAAACACACUGAUCCAAGGAAAUGUCAUCACUCACUCCUGAAGAAAAACCCUGUAACAGCCGCAGCGUCGAUGAGAAGCAGUCGAGGAACUCCAUUCUAACUGAAUGGAUUGGUAUGGGGAGAAGCGGAUUUCAAAUCACGGCUAAGCUGCAGCUUUUGGACUGUGUAACUUUGACGAUGGUUUUACUGUCGCUGCUGUUUCGACCAGCUCACUGCCAGCAGUGUCGAAUCCAGCGCUGCAAUGCAGAGUAUGUGGCUUCGACCUCCCCCUCUAGUGGUCUGCAGGAGGACGUGGCUAUGGAUGUGGACUACUGCAUCGCCUUGAGGGCCUAUGCUCUGUGCACCCGGCGGCAGGCGAGGAGCUGCAGGGGGGACCUGGUCUACCACUCGGCCGUCUUCCGCAUUAAGGAGUUAUUCUCUCAGCAUAACUGCUCCAGCGAAGGGCCAACCUCCUCCGCCAAGGUCCCCAGUACAUCUCGGCCAGCCGUGUCGGAGCUGUGCGACUAUGAGAACCGGGUCCUCAUGUCGGGCUCAGCUGGACAGCAGAAGAAAUAUGCCCACUGUGGAUUAUUCGGAGACCCGCACCUACGGACUUUCCGUGACGAGUUUCAGACCUGCAAGGUGGAAGGGGCGUGGCCUCUGAUUGACAACCGCUUCCUGUCGGUGCAGGUGACCAAUGUGCCUGUGGUCCUAGGCUCCAGCGCCACAGCAACCAGCAAGAUCACUGUGAUCUUCAAGUUCUUCCAAGGCUGCACAGAUCAGAAGGUGUACCAGGCCACCACAGUAGAUCUGCCAUUGGCCUUUCAGGAUGGGAGCCGCAGUGGUGGUGAAAGUGGCAGCUUGUCCAUCGUAGAGCGCGGCGGCUCAGGAGUGGGCCGGCAGGUGAGGAUCCAGGCCCGUUAUAUCGGCACCUCCAUCAUCGUCCGGCGCGUGGGCAGCUACCUGACCUUUGCCAUCCGCAUGCCAGAGGACACCCUGGACUUUACGGAGGACAAUGGUGGUCUGCAGUUAUGCCUGCACGGCUGCCCACGCAACGAGCUCAUCAAGGAGCACACGCUGGGCAUUCAGAGCCAGCAGCCCCGCCUGCAGGGCACCAACACAGAGCUGGGGCCUCUGCGGCCCCCUCACCAGGUCUACACAGUGGAGCGGGCCACAGCCAGGUGUAGAGAGACUCUGCAGGUGGAGGACGUGUACUUUCAAUCCUGUGUGUUUGACUUGCUGACCACAGGAGACCCUGAGUUCUCUUUGGCAGCCUACGGGGCUCUGGAGGAUUUAAAGGCGCUGCCGCCGAGUAAACUGAGGCAGAAUUCCCCCAGGACUCCUCGAAUUUACAACGGAGGAGCGUCACACACUGCAGCAGCAGCCCACAGCUCCCUCUUCUCACUCGUACUCCUCAUUCUGCUACUUUUGUAAAAGAUUCAAUAUAAAUGAUUUUUUUUUUAAAGAACAAACAUGGAGACAAACAGAACAUGGAAGCAUUACCAGCUUGAGGAAAGAGUGACUAGAGCAGACCUAUACAUUUGUAUUUUUUUGGGGGGUAGGGCAGUUUGUGAAUGUUGUGUAUUUUUUCAACUCCACAUUUUCUAUGUCACAUCAGUUGUAAAAAGACAGAAACACAUUAAAAUAGUCAGAUUUGGGUCCAGUACUACAGGUUUCAGGUCAUUGGUUUACACCAAUCUUUAUCAACUCAUCAAUGGGUGUGCUGAUGUCAUGGCAGUUCAACAGCAUUGUGUUUUAAUGUAAAUAGAAAGGUCAUUGGUGCACAACCUUUAAACACUCCACCAUGUAUGAAGCUGCACAUGUAUCUGCAAACUGUAUGUUAACAGUUGUUCUGCAGAGCAAUAGCCGCUUUCACACCAAGUACUUUGCCGUACUUAGUUCCCAGCACUUACUUCCUCCAUGGAACUAAAGAGCA